GCCAGGCGUGCGCAGCGCCUUAUCCUGACAACCCCGGGCCAGUCGGCUGUUGGAUACAAGAUCGGGAAGAUCCCUUUCGGCACGGACUGGAACCCAGAGUGAUAGCGGCUGUAGCACACGGACGCAAGAGCUGCUGACUGGAGACGGUGCACGUCUGGCUACGGGAGCAUUUCCACUAUGGGACUGGACACAGACGCACACCCGGCAGACUUAGAGAGUCUCAGACUGAGGAGAAAGCCUUCCCCGCUGCUCCCACCGCCGCUGAGGGUCCGCUCCUUUCAUGGUCUUUCCUGCCGAACCAGAGGCACCUUCACUGCUGCUGCCCUUCUGUCCGGUGUCAUCCAGCGGCUGGCCAGAGGAUGAGACUCCUCAAACUCACUUUCUUGCUUUGGCACCUGGCUUGGCUGGACCUGGAAUUCAUCUGCACUGUGUUGGGUGCCCCUGACUUGGGCCAGAGACCCCAGGGGGCCAGGCCAGGACUGGCCAAAGCAGAAGCAAAGGAGAGGCCCCCUCUGGCCCGGAACAUCUUCAGGCCAGGGGGUCACAGCUAUGGUGGGGGGACCACCAAUGCCAAGGCAAAGGGGGGCACCGGGCAGACAGGAGGCUUGACACAGCCCAAGAAGGAUGAGCCCAAAAAGCUGCCCCUCAGAUCGGGUGGCCCUGAACCCAAGCCAGGACACCCUUCCCAGACAAGGCAGGCUGCCAUGCGGACUGUGACCCCAAAAGGACAGCUUCCUGGGGGUAAGGCACCCCCAAAGGCAGGAUCCAUCCCCAGUCCCUUCCUGCUGAAGAAGGCCAGGGAGCCUGGGCCCCCUCAAGAGCCCAAGGAGUCGUUCCGCCCGCCCCCCGUCACGCCCCACGAGUACAUGCUCUCGCUGUACAGGACGCUGUCAGAUGCUGACGGGAAGGGAGGCAACAGCAGCGUGAAGUCGGAGGCCGGCCUGGCCAACACCAUCACCAGCUUUAUUGACAAAGGGCAAGAUGACCGAGGUCCUGUGGUCAGAAAGCAGAGGUACGUGUUUGACAUUAGUGCCCUGGAGAAGGACGGGCUGCUAGGGGCCGAGCUGAGGAUCUUGCGGAAGAAGCCCUCAGAAACCGCCAAGCCAGUGGGCCCUGGCAACGGGCAGGCUGCCCAGCUGAAGCUGUCCAGCUGCCCCAGUGGCCGGCAGCCGGCAGCCUUGCUGGAUGUACGCUCCGUGCCAGGCCUGGAUGGAUCUGGCUGGGAGGUGUUCGACAUUUGGAAGCUCUUCCGAAAUUUUAAGAACUCGGCCCAGCUGUGCCUGGAGCUGGAGGCCUGGGAACGGGGCCGGGCUGUGGACCUUCGUGCCCUGGGCUUUGACCGGGCUGCCCGGCAAGUCCACGAGAAGGCCCUGUUCUUGGUGUUUGGCCGCACCAAGAAACGGGACCUGUUCUUUAAUGAGAUUAAGGCCCGCUCUGGCCAGGAUGAUAAGACUGUGUAUGAGUACCUGUUCAGCCAGCGGCGAAAACGACGGGCCCCCCUGGCCACGCGCCAGGGCAAGCGACCUAGCAAGAACCCCAAGGCCCGCUGCAGUCGCAAGGCUCUACAUGUCAACUUCAAGGACAUGGGCUGGGAUGACUGGAUCAUUGCACCCCUUGAGUAUGAAGCCUUCCACUGCGAGGGGCUGUGUGAGUUCCCCUUGCGCUCCCACUUGGAGCCCACGAACCAUGCAGUCAUCCAGACCCUGAUGAACUCUAUGGACCCUGAGUCCACACCACCCACCUGCUGUGUGCCCACACGGCUGAGUCCCAUCAGCAUCCUCUUCAUUGACUCUGCCAACAAUGUGGUCUAUAAACAGUAUGAGGACAUGGUGGUGGAGUCUUGUGGCUGCAGGUAG